CGCCUUCUCAGAGCCAAAUUACGACACCUCACGAUAAAAUUAUGGCUCCAGCACUUGGAAAGCGAAAGCGCGUCACACGCGCCGAACUCGAGCAAGAAUCGCGGUCACCAUCGCCUUCGUCAGGCUCGAGCGACGACUCUGGUGCAGAGGAUCUCCAAGCAGUAUUUCGCCGCGCUUUCGAAGCAAAGUUUAAGCCUCUACCGACAGAUCCCAAGAAACUCAAGAUUGAAGAGCCCCCUGUACAGAAGGAUGAAGAAGAAGACGAGGAAGAGUCAGAUUGGUCAGGCAUCAGCGACAACGAAAACGACGUCGAAGUAAUCGAAUACCACGACCCACAUCGCGAACUCGACGACACCGAGCGCGCAGAAAUGAAGGCCUUCAUGUCCUCCAAACCGCCUACCUCAGCCUCGAAAUCUACCAGUACCUCAUUAUCCCAGAAGAGAAACAAAAAGACCGAAGACACCGACACAACCGAAGCCACAAAUCUCAAAAACGACCUCGCGCUCCAGAAAUUACUCCGCGAAUCCCACCUCCUCUCCACUUCUUCUUCCGGAACCUCAACCCCCAACACACUAACCACCACUGGUGUCGACCGCCACAAAUCAAUGGACCUGCACCUCCAAUCCCUCGGUGCAAAGAGCUCCAUCUUCACUCAGAAAAAGAUGCCCAUGGCCCAGCGCAAACACAUGGAGCUUAAGGCACGCACGACGGAGGCAAAGCGUAGAGCGGACGCCAGGGAAGCAGGUAUUGUGCUGGAAAGGGAAAAUAAAAAGUCGACGGGCAAGAAGGUGGAGAAGAAGAGGGAGAGGGGUGUCGGUGGGCCGAGUAUAGGCAAGUUUAGGGGCGGUACGUUGAGUUUGAGUAAGAAGGAUGUUAGAAGUAUUACUGGUGGUGGAGGGGCUAAGGGGAAAGGCAAGGGGAAGAAGGGGAAGAGGUGAGAUGGUGAUGAAAGUGGAAUGAUACCCUUGAAUUUGAUUAUGUGUUAUUUUACGGUUAUGCGCGGUGCAGACUUCUUACUUUUGUGUGUGCCGUCUUUUUGUUAAGGACUAUCGUGAGAGUGGGUUAUGAGCCAAGGUAUCCAGCAAUUGUGGAUGUGCGAGAUGGUAGAGAGUUGCAGGAAGAGUUCGAGGGAACGAGAAGAGGAGAAUGGUGCACAAUGCGCAAAUCAUAAGAGGAGUAAUCUUCAAAGGAGUAUCAGCAAUGGAGAAUAAGAUAAUAACAUGCCGCAAUGGGUUUUCCAAUGAAGUGGAUGGGCGU